AUGCCAACAGCUUCAGCAAAGUACGUAUCAUCAUUAGAUGAUCCAAUUUGGCAUAAGUACAAGGAAGCUGUUGGAAGCCACCAUCCAAUCACAACAGCAAAUCUUCCAUCACUACUUUCACAAACUUUUUUACCACUAUCAAAGCUACAAAUAAAGAAUGCAUAUCGUAAAUGUGCUAUUGUACGUGGAGCUAACGCUUUUUAUGAUCAACCAUUUAUGUAA